AUGAGCGACUGUGGAGACAGAAUUCAGAGAGUGAAGGUGAAUAAGGAAGAGGAGUUCUCAAUCAUGGUCUCCACCCUCUGUAACGUCAUUGCCGGAGCCACUGAACCUCGAGAAAAUGCCACGUCAUCGUCCACGUUCACCACCACCCAGCAAACUGAUCAGGUACUGUUGUAUCUCCCUGCUCCUGAAAAGUGUCCGCACUGCGACUACGAAGGCUGUCUUGGCUGCAAUCUUUUUGUGCCUUCAGGUGAAGCAGAGGAGAGGACGAGGAAGGGCAAGUUCAGAGGAGUUCGACAGAGACCCUGGGGAAAAUGGGCGGCAGAGAUUCGAGACCCGCGGCGAGCUGUGCGACUGUGGCUGGGCACGUUCGACACGGGGGAAGCCGCCGCUCGAGCUUACGAUAGAAAAGCCAUUGAAUUGCGAGGAAUUAGAGCUAAGCUCAACUUCCCACUUUCCGACUAUAAAAAUGAACAAAAAUCAAUCACCAUUAAUGAGGAAGAUGAACCCAGUGCAUCGGAUAAUACAAAGAAAGAAAGAUUGAAGGGUGUAGCAGUGGAGACCGGUGUGAAAGAGCUUGGAGAGUUGACGGAGGAGGACCCGAGUUUACACCCAUGA